CAUAUCUUUUAUCAGUAUAUAUAAACAUUUAUUACACUAAUGUGAAUUGUCGAUAAAUAUCCAACUUAAUACUAAAAAAAAAACUUAUCACGUCAAUUAUUUUGAUAUGAAAGGAAUAUAAGGAUUUUCCAAAUCUAAUUUAAAGGUACACCACCCGAUUUUAUAAUUGGACUUGUGAAAAGUGUUGGAACUUAAAAAAGAAAGGAGGAAUAAAAAAAAAAAAAAAACAUUACAUGCGUGCCACCAAUUUUCCUUCUAUGUUAUUCAUUUUUCUGUUGUUUUUUGCGCCUUUCGGAGCUUUUCAUUUCUACGCUGCACCUCUCUCUCCUUCUGUCUUUCCUCCAUUGAAGCGGCUUCCAAGCUUUCUCUUCUCCACUGAAGAAUAUUCUGUGGUUGCUUGGAAAUUUGGAUAUUGGAGAAGCAUCCCCUUAAGAAGAAGCCUAGGAUCUUUUGAAAAAAAUUUCUCUCACCAUUUCACAGUGUCAUCCAGACAGAUGUUGGCGGUUUCAUAUGUCAUUCCGUCUAGCUGCAUUAACAGAUUUUAUGUCCGAGAUUUUUCACGUGAUCUCCGACCGGCCUAUCACCACCUUAAAUACAAGAAGAGAUUCAGGUGUUGCUCCACCAAUCAGCAGGAAAGUUGCAGUUUAGGUUCUGCCACUCAUCUUCCUACAAUGCCAGGAGGGGAAUUCAAUGUGCCUCCAUCAGUGCCUCAGCUGCCAGCAGAGACCAAUGCAAAUGACGAGGCUUGGUUGUGGGCUCAGAUCAAGGCUGAAGCUCGUCGUGAUGCUGAUUCUGAGCCCGCACUUGCUUCCUACCUCUACUCCACAAUCCUUUCUCACUCCUCUCUUGAACGAUCGCUCUCCUUUCACCUAGGCAACAAGCUUUGCUCCUCAACUUUGCUGUCAACCCUCCUAUAUGACCUCUUCCUUAACAUCUUGUCUUCUGAUUCUUCACUGCUUGCCGCUGUUGUUGCUGAUUUGCGUGCUGCCAGAGUCCGUGACCCGGCUUGUGUCUCCUUUUCUCACUGCCUUCUCAACUACAAGGGCUUCUUAGCAUGUCAAUCUCACCGUGUGGCCCACAAGCUCUGGAAUCAGGAUAGACGCCCCCUUGCUCUUGCCCUUCACUCCAGAAUAUCCGAUGUCUUUGCUGUUGACAUCCACCCUGCUGCUAGAAUUGGAAAGGGGAUCCUCUUUGAUCAUGCCACUGGGGUAGUUAUUGGAGAGACGGCAACAAUUGGUGACAACUGUUCGAUUUUACACCAUGUAACUCUUGGGGGAACGGGAAAAGCUGGAGGUGAUCGUCACCCCAAGGUUGGGGAUGGAGUUUUAAUAGGUGCUGGGGCAACAAUCUUGGGUAAUGUGAGGAUUGGUGACGGGGCAAAAAUAGGGGCAGGAUCAGUGGUGCUGAUUGAUGUUCCUCCGAGAACAACAGCUGUGGGGAACCCGGCAAGAUUAGUCGGAGGGAAAGAGAAACCGUCACAGAAUGCAGAUGUGCCAGGAGAGUCUAUGGAUCAUACCUCAUUUAUUUCAGAGUGGUCAGAUUAUAUCAUAUGAUAGAUAGAUUGUUAUAAUUCAUCUAUGUACAAAUUCUUGUUGACUCUUCCCCUGUAGGCUGUAGUAAUGUCCUCGUUUUAAAAAGUUAUACCAUUUUGAAUCAUUACAUUUAAAUUGUAGUAUAACUAAUCUAUUUGUUUAACCAUGCAUUUGAGUUGUCA